AUGGAAGGACUCUCUGCCUCGGAACAGCGCGAGUUCGCUUCUCGCAUGGAGAGAAAGCAGCUCAAGGAGUUUAUGACCAUGUACUCCAAGCUCGUCCAGCGCUGCUUCGAUGACUGCGUCAAUGACUUCACCACCAAGUCCCUGGUCAACCGUGAGGAGGGCUGCGUGAUGCGCUGCGUGGACAAGUACCUCAAGUCGUCGGCCCGGUUGAACGAACGAUUCCAGGAGCAGAACGCGGCGAUGAUGCAGAGCGGCCAGAUGCCGGGGCGGUAA